CUGCUUGAUCCCAACCUGCGACUUCUCAUUACCGACCUUGGCUUGUUCUUGACUACGCUUCUGCUUGAUCCCAACCUGCGACUUCUCAUUACCGACCUUGGCUUGUUCUCGACUACGCUUCUGCUUGAUCCCAACCUGCGACUUCUCAUUACCGACCUUGGCUUGUUCUCGACUACGCUUCUGCCUGAUCCCAACCUGCUACUGCUCAUUACCGAGUUUGGCUUGUUCUUGACUAUGCUUUUGCCUGAUCCCAACAUGCAACUGCUCAUUACCGACCUUGGCUUGUUCUCCUCUACGCUUCUGCCUGAUCCCAACCUGCGACUGCUCAUUACCGACCUUGGCUUGUUUACAGACCACGCUUCUAUUUGAUCCUUACUUGCUUAAUACGCUACUGGACCUCUGCUUGCUUACCUCCUGCCCUGAUCGCAACCUUAGAGCGAAGCCCUCCUGACAGAGCUUCCAUCUUCACCUGGUCUUCCUUCCG